CCCCUUUGAUCACCUGGGGUGGACCUUCUGCCCCGCUGCAGCUGGAGGCAGCAUCUCUAACUCGGGACUGGCCAACAGGCAGAACACUUGCAUGCCCAGGAGUUCCUGUGGCAACAAGUUAUCACCCAGCAGGGGCUCUGUCCUCUUCCCCCUCCCCCUUCCCCAGUGGGAACACCAUGGCAAGAUGCCCCACGUUGUCCUCCAGCCACAACCAAGACCACAGUGGACGGUGGACAGCAGCAUGGACCUUUCUGGGGAAGAUGCCAAUCAUCCUGUGGCUGCUGCUGUCGGACACCUCCCUGCCUACUGUGAGGGGCCAGACCACAGUUCCUCUGGAAACAGUGAAGCUGUGGGCCGAUACCUUCGGCAGGAAUCUGUACAACACAGUGACCAGAUAUUCAGGCUCUCUCCUGCUGCAGAAGAAGUACAAGGAUGCAGAACCUAGUCUGAAGAUCAAAGAGGUGGAUGGCUUGGAGCUGGUGAAGAAGUUCUCAGAGGACAUGGAGACCAUGCUGCGGAGGAAAGUCGAGGCUGUUGAGAGCCUGGUGGAGGCCGCUGAGGAGGCUGACCUGAAUCAUGAGUUCAAUGCAUCUCUGGUGUUUAACUACUACAACUCGGUACUAAUCAAUGAGAAGGAUGACAAGGGCAACUACGUGGAGCUGGGAGCUGAGUUUCUUCUCGAGUCCGACGCGCACUUCAGCAACCUGAGGGUGAAUGUCUCCAUGAGCAGCGUUCAACUACCCACUAAUGUGUACAACAAAGACCCAGACAUUUUAAAUGGCGUCUAUAUGUCCGAAGCCUUGAACCCCGUGUUUGUGGAGAACUUUCAGAGAGACCCUACAUUAACAUGGCAGUAUUUCGGCAGCUCAACUGGGUUCUUCAGGAUCUAUCCAGGAAUAAAGUGGAUGCCUGAUGAAAAUGGAGUCAUUGCCUUCGACUGCAGAAACCGUGGCUGGUACAUACAAGCUGCCACGUCUCCCAAAGACAUCGUAAUUCUGGUGGACAUGAGCGGCAGCAUGAAGGGGCUGAGGAUGGCGAUCGCCAAGCACACCAUUACCACCAUAUUGGACACCCUGGGAGAGAAUGACUUCGUGAACAUCAUCGCGUACAAUGACUAUGUCCACUACAUCGAGCCCUGCUUCAAAGGCAUCCUUGUCCAAGCAGAUAGAGACAACCGGGAGCAUUUCAAACAGUUGGUGGAUGAGCUGAUGGUCAAAGGUGUGGGUGUCGUGAGUCAAGCUCUGAUUGAAGCUUUCGAGAUCCUGAAACAGUUCCAAGAGUCCAAACAAGGAAGUCUCUGCAACCAGGCCAUCAUGCUGAUCACCGAUGGGGCUGUGGAAGACUACGAGCCCGUGUUUGAGACCUAUAACUGGCCAGACCGAAAGGUCCGAGUUUUCACUUACCUUAUUGGAAGAGAAGUGACAUUUGCUGACCGCAUGAAGUGGAUUGCCUGCAACAAUAAAGGCUACUACACCCAGAUCUCCACACUGGCGGAUGCGCAGGAGAACGUGAUGGAGUACCUGCAUGUGCUUAGCCGUCCCAUGGUCAUCAACCACGACCACGACAUCAUCUGGACAGAGGCUUACAUGGACAGCCGGCUCUUCACCUCAGAGGCGCAGAGCCUGAUGCUCCUCACCACAGUGGCCAUGCCAGUCUUCAGCAAAAAGAAUGAAACAAGAUCCCAUGGCAUUCUCCUGGGUGUAGUGGGCUCUGACGUGACCCUAAGAGAGCUCAUGAAGCUGGCACCCCGAUAUAAGCUUGGGGUGCAUGGAUAUGCCUUCCUGAACACUAACAAUGGCUACAUCCUCUCUCAUCCUGACCUCCGACCUUUGUACAGAGAAGGCAAGAAGCUGAGACCCAAACCCAACUACAACAGUGUGGACCUCUCAGAAGUAGAGUGGGAGGACCGAGCUGAAAUCCUGAGGACCGCCAUGAUCAAUGGGGAAACGGGGUCUCACUCCAUGGACGUGAAGGUGCCACUGGACAAAGGGAAACGAGUUCUAUUCCUGACCAAUGACUACUUCUUCACAGACAUCAGUGACACACCUUUCAGCCUGGGAGUGGUGCUCACCAGAGGUCAUGGCGAAUACAUCCUCCUGGGGAACACAUCUGUGGAAGAAGGCCUGCAUGACUUGCUUCAUCCGGAUCUGACCCUGGCCAGUGACUGGAUCUACUGCAUCACAGAUAUCGACCCGGACCACCGGAAACUCAGCCAACUGGAAGCUGUGGUCCGUUUCCUGACAGGGGUGGAUCCAGACCUGGAGUGUGACGAGGAACUGCUGCGGGAGGUGCUGUUUGACGCAGUGGUGACUGCCCCCAUGGAAGCCUAUUGGACAGCACUGGCACUCAAUAUCUCUGAAGAGUCAGAGCCCGGCGUGGAUGUGGCCUUCCUGGGGACCCGGGCUGGCCUUCUAAGAAGAAGCUUGUUCGUAGGCUCCGAGAAACUCUCUGACAGGACGUUCCUGACCCCUGAAGAUGAAGCCAGUAUUUUUACCAUGGACCACUUCCCGCUGUGGUAUCGGCAGGCCUCUGAGCAGCCCCCUGGCAGCUUUGUCUUCAAUCUCCGCUGGGCAGAGGGACCAGAUAGCCCAGGCAAGCCAGUGGCCGUAAGGGCCAGCACAGCCAUAACCGUGACAGUGGAUGGGAAGACGGCCAUUGCAGCAGCCGUGGGCAUCCAGAUGCACACAGACUACCUCCAGCGCCAGUUCUGGGCAGCCAUGCAGCAGUGCAACACAGUAGAGGGGCCAUGCCCGAAGACCUGCGAGGACACUGAUCUCGACUGCUUCGUCAUAGACAACAAUGGCUUCAUCCUGAUCUCAGAGAGACCCCAAGAGAUGGGAAGACUUCUGGGGGAAGUGGACAGUGCUCUCAUGAAGCAACUUCUCAGCAUGGGGGUGUUCAGCCGUGUGACCAUGUAUGACUACCAGGCCAUGUGCAAGCCCCCGGAUCAUCACCACAGUGCAGCCGAAUCCCUGUUCAGUCCUCUCUCUGCCUUCUCGAUGGUGGCCAGGUGGCUACUGCACGAAUGUCUCCUGUUCCUGUUAGAGUGGAGUGCCUGGGGAUCUUGGCAGGACAAAGGGUCAGAGGCCAAAGCUGUCUUCCAUCACUCCCACAAGCACAAGAAGCAGGACCUGCUGCACCCCUGUGACACAGAGUACCCAGUGUUCGUGCAUCAGACGGCCAUCCAGGAAGCCAACGGCAUCAUCGAGUGUGGGGGCUGCCAGAAGACAUUCGUGAUGCAACAGAUUCCCAGAAGCAACCUGCUCCUGCUCGCGACAGACUGCACCUGUGACUGCGGCGUCCACUCUCCCAUCCUCCAGGAGGCCACAGAAGUCAAAUAUAAUGCCUCUGUCAAGUGUGACAGGAUGCGCUCCCAGAAGCCCCGGAGACGACCAGGCUCCUGCCAUGCCUUCCAUGCAGAGGAGAAUGCCCAGGACUGUGGCGGUGCUUCGGCUACUCUGCCUUCAUCCCCUCUGCUCCUGCUAUCCCUGGGGGCCUGGCUGCUUCUGCCCCAGCUUCUGUGUUGACGCCAUCCCAUCUGACUUUCACAGAAGGGGGACCUUACAGGACAUUCUACAAAGUUACCGGCUGAUGAGGGCCCAGCUCGCUGCUGUGGGAUGUCUCCUCGGUUUCAGUCCUGGGCUACAAGUCUCUGCUUCUUAGAGAUUGCUAGAGGGAUCUCCAAGGCUCUUCAAGAAACUGGGUGCCAGCCACCUCGUCUACUCUUAUCUCAAGUGAAAGAAGGACAGAAGUUAAUUAUUCCAGUUUACCAAAGGGUCACCCAUUUCGCUGGCUGAUCUGCUGAUCCGAGUUCUGGGGGCUGGACUUGAGCAGUGAGGCCCAUGCAGAGGCUGUGGCAAGAGUGUGCUUGCCACAGAAAGGAAGGUACUUUUAUCCAUUAGAUAAUGCAGAGGACAGGCAGAGAGAGAGAGAGACAGAAGACUAGGAAAGGGACCAGAAAAGGAGGGAAGA